CUUGAAGGCAGCAGCACAUGUAAACAUUUUGUAACAAAUCAUGGCUACCCAGUUGGUCAGGAUUUUCUCAAAGUCUUGCAGACAGAUCUCUCGACCAUGGGGUGCACGGCAGGCUGGAUGGAGGUGCAUGUCCAGCAGGCCUGUCCCAGACAUGGCUUCAGACCCGGCAGCGGGGCUGGUCUCCUUUCCUCCGCUGCAGACAUAUUCGGAGGAGGAGAACAUGAUGAGGGAGGCAGUGAAAAAAUAUGCACAAGAGCGCAUCGCUCCGUUUGUGUCGAAGAUGGAUGAGAAUUCUACCAUGGACAAGGAAGUGAUCAAAUCUCUCUUUGAGCAGGGUCUCAUGGGUAUCGAGAUUGAUCCAGAGUACGGCGGCACUGGCUCCUCAUUCUUCUCCUCCAUCCUGGUCAUUGAGGAGCUGGCGAAGGUUGACCCCUCUGUGGCCGUGCUCUGUGACAUCCAGAACACACUGAUCAACACACUGUUUGCCAAACUGGGCACGCCAACUCAGAAGGAGCAGUACCUCAGCCGACUUUCGACCGAUAUGAUUGGAAGCUUCUGCCUCUCUGAAGCAGAGUCGGGGAGCGAUGCCUUUGCUCUGAAGACGCGUGCUGAAAAACAUAAAGACUACUACAUCAUCAAUGGAUCCAAGAUGUGGAUCAGCAACGCAGAACAAGCAGGCGUUUUCCUGGUGAUGGCCAAUGUGGACCCAUCUGCUGGAUACAGAGGCAUCACCUGCUUCAUCGUGGACCGGGACACAGAGGGGCUGGAGAUCUGCAAGAAGGAGAACAAGCUCGGCUUGCGUGCGUCCUCCACCUGCCCGCUCAACUUCGACAAUGUGAAGAUACCAGAGAAGAAUAUUCUGGGACAGAUCGGUCACGGGUACAAGUACGCCAUCGGAAUGUUGAACGAGGGCAGGAUUGGAAUUGCAGCUCAGAUGCUUGGGCUGGCACAGGGUUGCUUUGACAACACUAUUCCUUACACCAGGCAGAGGGUGCAGUUUGGAAAACGUAUCUUUGACUUCCAGGGCAUGCAGCACCAAAUAGCCCACGUAGCAACACAGAUUGAAGCUGCUCGGCUGCUGACGUACAACGCCACUCGCCUGAAGGAAGCUGGGAGACCUUUCAUUAAGGAGGCCUGCAUGGCUAAAUACUUCUGUGCAGAGCUUGCAACUCUAACCACAUCUAAAUGCAUCGAAUGGAUGGGAGGGGUAGGCUUCACCAAAGACUAUCCCAUAGAGAAAUACUACAGAGACUGUAAAAUUGGUACCAUUUAUGAAGGCACAACAAAUGUCCAGUUAUCCACUAUGGCCAAGUUCAUCGACAAGGAGUUCGACCACUGAGACCUUCUGACCGGAGUUUGAUAGGUUGCACUCUGCUGUGUUACACUCCAUAUUCCUCUCCUCACAUGACUUUGGUCAUUGCUGUAGACUUGCUUUCAUAUUUGUAGAGGGGUUUUUUUUGUUGCAGUUUCACAACUUUUCCUCUUGUUAAGUAGUUCCCACGACUGAUGUUACUGAUGUGGUUACAUUUCCCCAACUUUAGGGCUAAUGUUGCUCUUUGCAAAAGUCUAGGAAUAACUGUGUUAUAUGUAGAGCUCUUCGUGCUUAUCCACAUAUGUCUUCUUCAUAACUGAUCCAUAUUUUGCAAUAUGAGGAUGAUUUGUUCAAACAUAUUGAUUGGGAUUUUUUUUUGGAAGUUUCUGUGCCUUCAGAAGGUCCGCUAUGACUGAGAUCAGUCACUUGAAAGUGUGUUUUCUUUGCAGGACACUCUAAAAUAGGUGGAUUGUAACAUUUAUAUUCUCCAUAAAUACUGUACAGUUCCUAGUCAGGAAAAUGAGGAAGUGAUUUUACAUAAUCUGUAAAGAGCGAUCUGUCCAUAACUGUGGCGAUAUCAAUAAAUGUGUGCUGUU